AUGGCACCUGCGAAUUAUUCCAGCAUAUCAUUAGGAAGCUCGCAUUCUGCUGGAACUGUCCAUGGGUGGCCUGCUGGAGUGUCGAAUCAUUCGGGUGGUAUUAGCAACGGGGACGAGAGUGCUGGGAAUAUGGAUGGCAUACUUUCUCAACGCUCUUCAACGAUAGCGGAAAAGCAGGCAGAGUUGGACCAAAUUCUUUAUGAUCAUGAUGCUAUGAUCCGAGAAUUGUUUCAUUUGGAGAAGUUUGUUACUUUGUUGGGAUUUGACCCCAAGGUUGCGAAGGAGGAUAAUUCUGCUGUGUUUCAAGAGUACCAAGCGGGAUAUGACCUUCUCAACAAGGCUUCGGAAUCUUCGAGUUCGGCAUCGCGCACUACACGGAGAUCUCAUACGCAACGUAUCAUGAACAUAAAGGGGUCUUCUGGAGGCUCCUCAUCUGCAGCAGGAAAGGAUGCCAGGAACGCUAUGCUUGAACAUAUGCCGUCGAUUUCUGCUAGUGCUAAAGGGAAAGAGAGAGCAGUGAAUGGCGAUAAAUCUCAUGUGGCCUUGCUUCCUGAAUCUCCAGUUCGAGGUAGUACUUCUGGU